AUGUUUCACUUUACAAAUAUAGGUAAAAACACUCGUCCUAUUACUUAUUUAGUGCUUCAAGCCAGAUACAAAUCGAAAACUCACCCGGAUAAACAGAAAAAUAGCCCUAAAUCCAAGGCUUUAAACCAUUUUGAUGACUUCUACGGGUCUGUAUUUGGCGAACAAUGGAAACCAAUUAGGGAAGCUCUAUUACGGCGAUGCAAGUACGUUGCUGUUAUAAACAAUUAUGGAGAUGCUGAGGAGACCGAAGAAUAUCUUACUAAUAGAGGUGCACAUUGUCUAAAAAACCUAAUGUCAGUACAGCGAGAGUUCAACAAUCAGUAUAACCCGGCAGAAACAAGUGUAUCAUUAGAAAGUAAUAACAGAUUAGAACAAUAUACUGGCAAGUUACAGAGUGGUGAACUGUCAAAUAUCUACCCUGAAGGGGACCUUCCAGAGAAAGUUGAAGUGAACAAUGUUACAUUAAGGAGUAGAGAGGAAGAUAUUCAGGAACCAUUACACAUGCCAUCUGAACAGACCCUAGAGCAGUCCUUAGCUGGAACUAUGACUGAUGAGUCCCGUAUUAUAGAUCCUUCAAUGGGCAUCUCUGCUGGGGCCCUGUACCAAUACCUGCCAGCCACGAAACUCAAAGGAAUGGAUGAUUGGAUUCCAGAGUCUUCGCAUUAUUCUUAUUAUUCCCAAGGCAAAGAUUUUCCACUGGUCAUAGAACAAGAAAGUGAGUUCAAGUAUCCAGAACAUUUGAAGGUGUAUACUUAUGAAAUGGACAGCGAAUGGAGCAUGUUCCCUGAACCAAAGAGAGGACAGACAGGCGUCUUCAACUAUUAUCCAAUGGACGGCGGCAGUGUGUUAGCAGUGCUGGCACUCUGCCUGACUCCUGGUGAUAGAGUGCUGGAUCUGUGUUCGGCGCCGGGCGGCAAAGCGUUGGUCGCUCUGCAGACGUUGCUGCCCGAUGUCAUUGUCUGCAAUGACGUGUCUAUCUCUAGGAGUAAUAGAACAAUACGAACCUUCAAAGACUACCUGUUCGAUUUCGAGACGAGCAACAGAUGGCGUGAGCGAGUUCUAACCUCACGAGUCGAUGGCCGGGUGUUCACUGAUGAUAAUGGUUUCGAUAAGGUGUUAGUAGAUGUGCCGUGUACGACAGAUAGGCUGUCGGUAACGAAAAUCGAAGACAACAAUAUAUUCCGAGCUGACAGGAUUAAGGAACGACUGCGGCUUCCAGAACUGCAAUCACAAUUGCUAGUGAGCGCUCUCGGCCUGGUAAAAGUGGGAGGAGCAGUUGUGUAUUCGACGUGUUCUCUGAGCCCCGUGCAAAACGACGGUGUGGUUCAUCUCGCGUUGAAGCAAGCUUUUGAAUCGCGGGGCAUCGUCGCUGCUGUCCGGUGAGUCAGUGUUAAGAAACAUUCAACAAGUCAUAACUUAAUACAUAUUUGA